AUGAGCGAGGAGGGGGUGGUCUUCGCACCGUCGCCCGCGGCCGCGCCACCGGCGCUCGGCCGGGCCAGCUCCGCUGAUGAUGUGCCCGCCGGCAGCGCCGCAGCGCCCACCGCUGUGAGCCUGGCGGGGGUACGGAUGCCGGCCAUGCCGCGAGGACAGGGGCGUGCCCGCGCCCUCCGCUUCGCCGCCUGGCAGGAGCCCUCGCCCGACGAGCGCGGGGCCUCCCCCCGCCGCCGUUGGCGUUUUUUUUUGCUUCGCGGGAGGGCAACACGGGCUCCGACCGUUGGGGUGAGUACUGUUACGAAGUAG